CCGAUGCUCGUCAGUCUGGUUUGGCCAGUGGACAGUGAAGGACGGAUUUACGCUCCUUUUCACCGCUCCUUAGGAUCUAAAUCAGCCUAUCUUCUGAAAAGUGAUUAUUUCUCCCCCCUCCUUUCCCCUCAUAUAGACCUGUCGAAUUUUUUCACCCCCCCUUGAAAAGUGCUUUUCGAAAGUGCCCAGUGAAUUCUUUUUUUUCGGUGAACACAAACCGGGAUCGGUUUAUGGUGGUUUAACGUCGGGUUUAUCAACGUAAACCACCACCAUGGCCGCCUUAUUAAAUAAGGUUUGGCUGGCGCUGCUGUUAGCGGCAUUCUGCGGGCAGAAAGUAUCGAGCGAGGAAAGCGGACCAGUGAUCGUCGAGGAACCCGAAAACCGAGUCGACUUCAGCAAUUCCACGGGCGCCAAUCUCCACUGCUCGGUUCGUGGGCGACCUAAGCCUACGGUGGUCUGGGUUCGCGCUGAAGACGGCACCGCUAUCGGAGAUGUUCCCGGCCUCAGGAAGGUACUAGCCAACGGCACCCUCAUCUUCCCCCCCUUCCGCGCCGAAGAAGAAUAUCGUCAGGAGGUCCACGCCCAAGUCUACCGCUGCCAGGCCACCAAAAUGCGAGAUUCCUUCCUUCGUCGCCGACUUCGUCAGCGUCCAGGCUUGGGUGGACGGCGAUGGGAGGAGUUACACGCCCGCGCAGGAUGGCCGAUAUGGUAAUGGGUGGGGGCGGGGAGUAGCCCUCUAUGAUAAUGACAAUUUAUUAUUCCUUUCAUAUGGAGGUGGGUGA